ACCAAAGCUUAUCCUAAAACUCUCUAUAUAACUAAACUUGUGUUCCCUUCAAGUCCUCCGCCCACAGCCACCGUAAGCUCCCGUCGUGUGUGGUGAUAUUAAUAUAAUUUAUUAUUUUAGCCAUGUUAGAAGGGAAAGCAAUCGUGGGAGAAACGGAUAUGUUGGAGGCCAUGCAACAGGACGCUUUGAACCUUGCAGCUAAGGCACUUGAUAGUUUUGAUGUCACUGAAGCCACUGACAUCGCCCGUUUCAUUAAAAAGGAAUUUGACAGAAUACAUGGAGGAGGAUGGCAAUGCAUAGUGGGGACAGAUUUUGGAUCAUUUGUGACACAUUGUUUUGGAUGCUUCAUUUAUUUUUGUGUUGGAAGUCUUGCAAUUUUACUCUUUAGGGGUUCUGCUGCCUCACAACAACAACAACAAUUUCCUGAACCUACUCAUCACUUUUCUCUUAUGGACAAUACUCUCAAACCAUGACACACUUCUAUUACACUUUUCUUCAUUUCUCUCUUCUCUAGAUCUUCUCUUCUUAUAUCAAUGUCAUAUCCCCAAAUUUAAAUCUUUAUCAUUAAUUCCCGCUAUAUCUGUAUCUAAGUGCUUUUCUUUUUCUUAAUCAUUCUUCCUCAA